UUGCAUGACAUGGGUGCACUUACCUACAUGCAGGCAGUACACGCAUACACAUAAAAUAAAAAUGAUAAAAAUUUUUUAAAAGUUGAAAAAAUGCAACUUUAGGUUGGAGUUGCAUUGUGCUCCUUCUAAUCCAAGGAGAUCACUCUGUACCCAAUGUGCAUAAUAGAAACAUCAGAGACUGGUUCCAAAUUUGCUUAGGAUAGAAAAAACCUCACUCUGAAUCCGUAUCCCUCCUCAUCUCUAUUACGAUACAGGCAAUACUUAAAGUCUACAUGGAAAAAUGUAAAGGAGAUUAGCAUCAUGCUAAUGUAUGGUCUAAUCCCAAAUUGCUGUUUGUAAGCCAAAAUAGGCAUAAAAAAGGGAAACGAACACUACAAGUAAAUUGAUGACUAUGCACAUUAAAGGAAGUGAUAUUCUUUUCUGUAUUUGGAUUAUUUUUUAAGUUGGUGAGGAGUAUAAAUCUUAAACAGAGUAUGUAUUAUAAAACAGAUGCACAACCCAGAAAUCUGAAAAUUUGGCUGUCAUUUGAUUUCAAACUUUGAAUAGACAAAGGAAGAAGGCUGUCUUCCUGUGAAAGAGUACCUUCUGUAGUUUGGAGCAUCUCCAGACCUUUUCCCCUUUCAUGAAUGCUAACUGAGCUGUGAGGUGAUGACACAAGGUGCAAGUAUCAUUGCCCAGACUUACACUUUUGAAGGGUUUUUAGCAUCUUUUAGACAUGAUCUGUGGAGAUUCCAUAUUUCAGACACUGAUCAACACUUCCUGUCUGACGUUGACCAUCAGUUGGGAGGUAAAUGUUAAGUUUCUAUGAAGAACAAACCAGUUUUAUCUUGUUUGGAGCAAUGCUGAAAUUCCGAGAGACUGCUAAAUGUGUGAGUGAACCAACAGCCAUUUCCACUUAUCCAAAGACCCUGAUUGCAAGAAGAUACAAACUUCAACAGAAACUUGGCAGUGGAAGCUUUGGAACUGUCUAUCUGGUUUCAGACAAGAAAGCAAAACCAGGAGAGGAAUUAUAAGUAAUAAAAUACAUCAUACAGAUCUUGAGUUGGCUGCCCUGUGAGGCCACAGAAGCUGCUUUGGAGGCUGAGCUGUUAUCAGCUCUUCCUCACCCAGCAGUAAUCAAAUUUAAUCCUCAAAAAAUACAAAUUAGGAAGGAUAAUUUUAAAAUCUUGCAAGAACCUUGUGAUGGCUGAGAUCUGGACUAUAAAAUUCAGGAGUACAAAGAAGCUGGAAGACUUUUUCCUGGAGAUCAGAUAGUGGACUAGUUUAUACAGUUGUUGCUUGGAGUUGAUUAUAUUCAUGAAAGGCGAAUACUCCAUCGAGACUUGAAAUCAAAGAAUAUAUUUCUGAAAAAUAAUCUACUUAAAAUUGGGGAUUUUGGAGUUUCUCGACUUCUAAUGGGAUCCUGUGAGCUGGCGACAACUUUAACUGGAACUCCGCUUUAUAUGAGUCCUGAGGCUCUGAAGCACCAAGGCUGUGACACAAAGUCUGACAUCUGGUCAUUGGCUUGCAUUUUAUAUGAGAUGUAUUGCAUGAAUCAUGCAUUCACUGGCUCCAAUUUCUUGUCUGUUGUUUUAAAAGUUGUUGAAGAUGACACACCUUCUCUCCCUGAGAGAUAUCCAAGAGAACUAAACAACAUUAUGGAAAGCAUGUUGAACAAUAGUCCUUCACUGAGACCGUCUGCUACAGAAAUUUUAAAAGCCCCUUUCAUCGAUGAGCACCUUCAGCACCUGAUGUGUAGAUAUUCGGAAAUGACUCUGGAAGACAAGAAUUCAGAUUGUCAGAAGGAGGCUCCUCAUAUAAUUAAAGCCAUGCAAGAAAAAAUCUACCUGCAGACUCUGCCAACUCUGCCUGAAGUGCAGAAAAUGGCACCUGGAGAAAGAAUGCAGCUGAGGAAGCGCGAGGCAGUGGACAAAAAACCCAGGAAGCUGAAAAAGAUUGUGGAAGAAAAGUAUAAAGAAAAUAACAAACGAAUACAAGAAUUUAGAUCCCAGAACUUUCAGCAACUGAAUAUCCAUGUGCUUCAUGAAUUAGAUGACCGGACUUCAGAGAACCUGCCCCAGCCUCAGUCCAUUCCUUCCCUGGACCUGGACGAGCUUGGGUCGAGUAUAGAGGACACCAUAGUUGACCUCGGACUUUACGAGAUCCCAGAAGACCCACUUGUGGCUGAAGAAUAUUAUGCUGAUGUAUUUGAUUCCUGUUCUGAAGACAGUGAAGAGCAAGAAGAAGAAACAGUGUUCUCAGAACCCAGGGGAGAAGUGAGGGAUGAGGGAGCCCCGCCUGCUUACAGAGCAAACCAGCAGGACAGCAAUAUUGAAACACUAGUCCGGUGUUUGGAAAACGUCCUGGGUUUCACCUCUCUGGAUCAGCCAUGCAGAAGCUGGGAGUCGAAGUGUUUGAGGAGGCCUACAGUUACCUCAAGAGAGCAAGGCAGGAGCAAGCCAGUGACACAGAGAUCCAGGAGCAUCUUGAGAGGGUGGUACCUCGGGCCAGUGACUGUUUUGAGGUUGACCAGCUCCUCUACUUCGAGGAGCAGUUGUUGA